AUGGGUCUUGUACGGACUUGUAUCAAUCGCAGAGAGCAAGAUAUGGGACGCGAGAUGCGAGCAUCUAAGGAUUGUCAUGAUGAACAAAGUCGGCUUUGGCUAGGAGGGGCUCAAAUGAAUCGACGCCUAAUGGGUGGCUUUUGCCAUUUCUGGUGGGAACAAUUCAUAGAGUUGGAAGCUUGCUUGAUUCCAUUGAGAGGCUCUCAAGAGGAUUUUAGUGUUCAUAAAGAAGGAGCUGGGAGAGAGGCGUUAAACAAUUAUCAAGAACUUAAAUUGAUCUCUGCACCAAGACCAUCCACAUUACAACAAAGAACCUACAUACCACGCAUUGAUACGAUUGCAUAUAUACCAGCCACCUUCCAACAUCCAUCGAUUCGCGACUUGAAGAAGAUGGCCAAAUCGGCACCUUUUUACGAGACCUGGAUGAAGCAGCUCAACACUGGUACACCGAGACUGCUUGUCAUUUUCACUUUGUCAGGAAGCUGA